AUGAACAUUUAGACCCCACCUUGUGAAAUUCACAUUAUGCAUGCAGAAUAUCGAGGUGUAUCGCAAAACCGAGUAUCGACGCGCUCGUAUUCGUCAUACCGGGUCACCUUGAUUACACCCCUCCUUCCUCACGCGCUGCAUCCUCCGUCCUGUGUUCCUUCACAUUUCGGGAACAGGAUGAGGUACAGAUGAAGCCCAUCAUGAGUCUGUCUCUCCCGAAGACCGACUCCACCGUGUCCCUGAUCAGGAGCUCGGCGGAGGAUCGGAAACCAACAAAGUCUCGAGCCCCGGACGAGCCGCUGUGGAGCUCGCGCAGACCGCUGUGCCAACCCGCGCGCGCAGACCGGCCGCCCGAACCGAGCGAGGACGCACCGGAGAGCAGCGGCGGCGGGAAGGAGCGGAAAACCCCCCGACACUCUCACCGACACCAUCACCAUCAUAACCAUCACCACCACAACCACCACCGACACCAUCACCACCGGUCCGCGCGGGACCCCCCGCCCCCCGAGACCCUCACGGAUCCUGUUCACGCGGCUGCAGCACCGAACCGGACUCGCUCUUUCUCCGAGGGUUCGCCAGGCACGGCCUCCUCCCCCUUCACCUCCCCGUGUUUACUGCAUCGCUCCCCCCGCACAGCGACACGCACGCAUCACCCCGACUCCGCCGCCUCGUGCUCCCCGGUACCGGCCGCCGCUUCCUCCUCAUGCAGCGCCGCGUCCUCGGCGGAUUCUGAUGUGAACCUGUGGCCCAUUCUGAGCUCCGUCUUCGGACAGGACCGAGAGCUGAGACCCGAGGAGAUCGAGGAACUGCGUGAAGCCUUUAAGGAGUUUGAUAAAGAUAAGGACGGCUUCAUUAGCUGUAAGGAUUUGGGGAACUGUAUGAGGACGAUGGGGUACAUGCCCACGGAGAUGGAACUGAUCGAACUGAGCCAACAGAUCAACAUGAACUUGGGAGGUCAUGUAGAUUUCGAUGACUUUGUGGGACUGAUGGGACCGAAGCUGUUGGCAGAAACGGCGGAUAUGAUUGGAGUUAAGGAGCUCAGAAACGCCUUUAAAGAGUUUGACACUAACGGUGAUGGCUGGAUCAGUACCAGUGAGCUGAGAGAGGCCAUGAGGAAACUACUGGGACACCAGGUUGCUCAUCGAGACCUGGAGGACAUUCUGAAGGACGUCGACCUGAACGGUGAUGGUCGUGUCGACUUUGACGAGUUUGUGCGCAUGAUGUCCCGAUAAAGGGUCGACGAUCUUUGCACAUCAAGAACAAAACCAUAUCCAUGAAUCAUCUUCCUGCUGGCUGAAGCACUUGAAGCAAUGGACACUGAACUGUUUAUGACAUUUAAUGUUUUGCUGAUGCAGAAAUACUAAGACAGACUGUGAUUGGUCAGUAUUUUUGUCCUGUCCCAUCUUUCACUGGAAAAUACUUGGUAAAACGGAAAUAGAACGUAGAACUGCUGGGAGAGAUGCACUAGACAAGCCUGAAGAACAACAAAAUAAACUGUAAAUGGACAUUUAAAUAUCACAUAGCACACACACAUACACACACACACACACACACACACACGUUGUAGCUGAGUGUUCCUUUCAGAAUUGUUGUAUGUUCUGUGUAUGUUAAAACUGAUAAAAUAGUUCUAGGAUCUUAUCAAGGCAAUAUCGGGUCUAAAUCUGUGGCGUCCUGUUUCCUGUUUCUGUGUCAGUGAGCCAGAGGCUCCGUCCCAAACGCUGAACUUGAUAUCAGCCCACAAAUGACCUGGUUGGGGGAUUAACUGACCCACAUGGACAUAUUUCAGGGAGGAAAAAUAGUGCUAAAGGAAUCUUUUUCAUUCUGCUGCAACAGUGCCUCCUAAAGGCUGGUUGAGGUAUCAGUAGGAGUGGUGGCGGAAUACAUAAAUGUAGUGUGCUCCUCCCAGGGUGCUGUCUGUACAGAAAACAAAAUCAAGACGGCCAUAAAAUACAGUUGCUUGCAGGCACUUGUGAACAUUUUUCAUCAGACUGUUUACGUUGUAGUGUUUGGGACGGAGCCCUGAACCAGUCUAGUAAUAAACAUACUUUGGGUGUAAGUGUGUUGUGUAAGUGUUUAAAGUGCUCUGUGAUUAAUCACAUCUUAUCAUCUAUAAUCACCCAGUUGUUUACGUGUGAUGUUAGCUGAGGUCUCGGGUUCCAGGGGUAAUGCAGAAAUCAAAGCGUGUGCCUUUAAUAUGAGCACUGCCGAAAAAAUAAACAUACACAGGUUACCCCAAAUGUAGUCAGCCCAGAUGUGUUUGGUUCCAUUAAUCAAUGAGCCAAAACAUUAAAACCAACCCUUUAGAUUUUGCUAAGCUAGUUUAGCUUCUUUCUGCUCCAGUUACGAGUCGCCCCAGUGGUCGAUUCGUCUCCGUCUAACCCUGUCCUGAGCAUCCUCCUCCGUCACACCAACCACAUGCAUGUUACCCCUCUUUAGCACCUUUUUCCUCAUAGGACUCUCAUCCCUCCUCCGCACAUGCUCAAACCAUCCCAGUCGGACGUCCUUCUGUCCUGGUUUCUGUGUGUCUGAACUGUGACCUGUUUGAAUUUAAAUGUUGUAGAAAUGUAAUAAAUGACUUGCAUGCCAAAAAGAAAACACUGAAAUCUGCACUCAUAAUGGGAUUUUAAUAAAUGAUAAAUGAUAGCAAAUAAAAUACAUCAGAUUCA